AUGUCUGCGGCGACCGCCCUGCGCCGUGCCGGCCACAAGGUAUCUAUUUACGAACGUACCGAUUCUCUUGAUCAAGCCGGUGCUUCGAUUUCCUGCGCAGCGAACGGUACACGCUGGCUACACGAGUGGGGCGUAGAUGUGGCUAAAGGCGAUGGGGUCAUCCUACAAAAGCUCAUCAGCCGCGACUGGACGACAGGCAAAAUCCUGACUGAGUAUGCACUGGAUGAUUACGAGGAGCGAUGGGGCUAUCUGUACUAUAUGUUUCAACGCCAGUGUAUGCACACGAUGUUGAAAGAUUCGGCAUUGGGGGAGGGCGAAGGGGUGCCUGCGAAACUCUUGAUGAAUCACAAGUGCAAGAAAAUCGAUAUUAAUACCGGGUUGAUUGAGUUUGAGAACGGCAAGAUGGCCAGCCAUGAUCUCAUCAUCGGCGCGGAUGGCAUUGGAUCCGCCGUUCGUACCAUUCUCGAUAUCCGGCCCGAGAAGCGACCAGCGGAGUCUAGCUGCCUACAUGCAAACGUACUUACUGAAGACGCAAUUGCUGCUGGUUUUACUGACUUCUCUAAAGACAAUGCUCUGCAGUUCUGGGGCGGCCAUGGGGAGGUCUGGGACAAGAUCGUUCUCUCUCCAUGCCGAGGGGGCAAAUUACUAUCUUACUAUUGCUUUUUCCCACGGGAGAAAGGGGACUUCCAGAAUCAUUAUUGGGGAGAGCCUGACCGGUCGGUGGAAGAGCUGCUCGCACCGUACCCUCAACUCAAUGCUCAAGUCCGGGGACAUUUGGCUCUUGGCAAAGAUAUCCAGCCGUGGCGCCUAUGGAUGCAUGAAGCAUACCCAUAUAUUGCGAGAAAUAUGGUUUGUUUGCUGGGUGAUGCAGCUCAUCCAAUGAUGCCUCACCAAAGCCAAGCGGCCUGCAUGGCUAUCGAAGACGCGGCUGCCUUGGGAAUACUUUUCAGCGGAAAUCAUUUCACAGGAGAUGUGUUUGAGUCACUUUCUAUCUAUGAGUCGGUUCGCCUUCCGAGAGCAACCAAGGUUCAGGCGGCAGCGGCGAGAGCCUCAUUAAAUAUCAACGAGCGGAUCGGAUUCUCAAGCAACACUGACAAUCCAAAUUACGUGGUGAAGAGUGAGCAGGGGAAAUUGACGAUUGAAGAGAUGAACGCUUACAAUAUGCACAUGCACAUCGACGAGGUAGUCUCCAGACGCGCUGGAAAAGCACACACUCACAAAUACACCCACGGUUUGCCAAUAGGACUAAAGCUAUCAAACGGAUAUACCGUUGGAGCUGAAGAUUGGUCUUAUGACUAG